GCAUUCCCAGCCCGCCCCCUAGGAGCCACAAGAAUGAAGCUCCUGUCUUCUGCGCUGCUUCUUGCAGCGGGCGUCCUCGCCGCCGACAAGCAACGGCCCAGCCUCCAAAAUGCCCUUUACAAGAACACAAAGGCCCCCGUCGAGGCUCGCGUAGCCGACCUGCUGUCGAGGAUGACCAUCGAGGAGAAGGCGUCACAGCUUCUCCAGGGUGAUAUCCGCAACUGGAUGAACGAGACGACCGGUGCGCUCAACCAGACCGGCUUGGAAUGGAGCACAAGAUACAGAGGGAGCUCUUUCUAUGUCGGCGUGGCCGCACCCAACGAAUGGAUUGCCAAGAACAUCAAGAUCGCACAGGAGUAUAUCCAAAACAAGACCUACCUGGGCAUCCCGGCCUUUGUGCAAACCGAGGGUCUCCACGGGUUUCUCGCUUUCAACGCCACCAUCUUCAACUCGCCCAUCGCCAUCGCCUGCGCAUGGGAUCCCGCCUUGGUCCAAGAGAUGGCAGCCGCCAUCGGCAAAGAGGCCCGCGCCAUGGGCGUGAACCAGCUCUUUGCGCCCGUGGCAGAUCUGGCCCGCGAGCUCCGCCACGGCCGGGUCGAGGAGAUGUACGGCGAGGACGGCUACCUCGCGGGCGAGCUCGCGCUGGCCUACGUCAAGGGCGUGCAAGCCGCCGGGGUCAGCGCCAUGGUGAAGCACUUCGCCGCCUUUGGUGCGGCCGAGCAAGGAUUAAACACAGGCCCCGUGCACGGCGGUGAGCGCGAGCUGCGCACCACUUACCUGCCAUCCUACAAGCGCGCCAUCAUCGACGGUGGCGCCCUCUCCAUCAUGACGGCCUACCACAGCUACGAUGGCAUCCCCGCCGUGGCCGACGCCCACCUGCUCACCGACAUCCUCCGCGACGAGUGGGGCUACAAGUACUACACCAUGACCGAUGCGGGUGCCUCGGACCGUCUGUGCAACGACUUUCGCAUGUGCGCGUCGAACCCCGUCGACAAGCAGGCCGUCGUCCAGUACAUCUUACCCGCGGGCGGCGACUCGGAGAUGGGCGGCGGGUCGUACUCGUUCCAAGAAAUCCCCGCCCUAGUCUCACGCGGCAAGAUCGAUGAGAAAGUCGUCGACCGGGCCGUGGCGCGGGUGCUGCGCGCCAAGUUUGAGCUCGGGCUAUUCGACAACCCCUAUACCGGCCUCCCCGCAGAGGAAAUGAACAAGGUGCUCAACGCGCCCGAGCAUGUUGCUCUAGCCAAGAAACUCGACGAGGAGUCCAUUGUGCUGCUCGAGAACCGCGACAACCUCCUCCCGCUGCGAAAGGACGCUUCCAUCGCCGUCAUCGGGCCCAUGGCCCACGGCUUCAUGAACUACGGCGACUACGUCAUCGCCAAUUCCUCCACGCGCGGCGUCACCCCGCUGGACGGCAUCCGCGCCGCCGUGGGCAGCAGUGAGAAGGUGACCUACGCCAAAGGCUGCGAGCGGUGGUCGACGUCCCAAGCCGGCUUCGCCGAGGCAAUCGCCGCAGCCGAGUCCGCCGACGUGGCCGUUGUGGUGGUCGGGACCUGGUCGCGGGACCAGAACGAGCUGUGGCAGGGCCUGAACGCGACAACGGGCGAGCACGUCGACGUGAACAGCCUGGACCUGGUCGGGGCGCAGGAGCCGCUGGUGCGGGCCGUCGUGGCGACGGGUAAGCCCACCGUCGUGGUCUUUUCCUCGGGCAAACCCGUCACGGCGCCCUGGAUCUCGGCUCACGCCGCAGCCCUCGUCCAGCAGUUCUAUCCUUCGGAGCAGGGCGGUGCUGCCCUGGCGUCGGUGUUGUUUGGGGAUGUCAACCCCAGCGGUAAGCUCGCCGUCGGUUUUCCGCGCAGUGUGGGUGACCUGCCCGUGUACUAUGACCAUCCGAAUUCGGGGCGGCCGGCGAAUCCGGAUGCGGGUAUGGCGUAUGACAAUGGCACGCUCGUUUUUGGCCACCAGUACGUCCUCGGUGAUCCCAGGCCGCUGUACCCGUUUGGGUAUGGCCUCAGCUAUUCGAGCUUUGUGUAUAGCGACGUCGCGGUGGACAAGAAAACGGUGGGCGCCAGGGAUACUGUGACGGUUAGCGUGACGGUGAGAAACACGUCGCAACGCGACGGCAAGGAGGUGGUGCAGGUCUAUGUCAAGGACGUGAUCGCCAGUGUUGUGGUGCCCAACAUGCAGUUGAAGGGCUUCCAGAAGGUGCUCUUGAAGGCUGGAGAAAGCAAGCGCGUGAGCGUCAAGAUCAACAUGCAGGAUCUGGGUGUCUGGAAUGCGAGGAUGAAGUAUGUCGUCGAGCCGGGCGAGUUUAUGUUCCUUGUCGGCGCGUCGAGCACCGACUUUAGGGGCAAUGCCACUGUCACGCUCAAGUAAUGAAGCUAUCGUGCAGUUAGCACUUUCUCCCAUGCGUUGCGUAUGCCACGCCGAAUGUCUUGCAAUGUCCCGAUCAAUCCGUCAAGAUUAUGCAUAAAAUUCAAGG